AUGGCUGAGGUGUUGACAAGAGUGAUCGUAUGUUUUUUCGUAUCUGAUGCAGUGAUCGCAUUUUGGUCACAAGGUUAUGGAGGUUAUGGACAGAAAGACGGUUUCAAAGUUGUCAAAUCCUAUCCAUCCUACGCCUGCGGGAUUUGCCAACAAUCGUGCCAGGCAAGCAGUACUGUAGGAUACGCCGCCAACUGCAUGCAAGUCUGCGCUCCCAUUUGUAAUGUGGCGAAGCCCGUGUCACAAUGUACGAUUUGCUAUCAAGAGUGCUAUGCUUCAUGCACGUCGAUGAACUGUGACUGUAAGCAGUCAUGUGCUCCGGUGUGCAAAGCGGCAAAGUGCAACUCCUGUCAGCAAGCAUGCCAAGUUGGCUGUCAAGGCAGCUCGAGCUGUAAUUGUCAGCAAGUGUGCGCCAUGGUUUGUGUAGGAGUUGCUGUGCAGCAGCAGCAGAGUGCAGACUUUGUACCGAUGAUUCCCGUGAAGAUGAAGCCGAGUGUAGGCUUUGUACAGAUAAAACCGGAGUCAAAGUCGGGAUGUAAGGACAGCUGUCUUGCGCAGUGCUCGGCAUCGUGCACGGUCUCGGACAAGAUGUGCUUGGGCUCGUGCCAGCCAACGUGUCUGGCCUGCUGCCAAGCCCCUAAGUGCACUGCAGCUUGCCAGCCAGGAUGUUCGCUCAGUUGUAUGCAGAGCCAACUUGCCGCGACUCAAGUAGUUUUCAACAUGGGCCAGGGCAAAAAGUUUUCGUGCCAGCAGCCGUGCCAGAUCCAGUGCGGUAACAUUUGUAAAUCGACGGCGGCUUGUGUUCAGCCAUGCACAAAUCAGUGCCAAGUGUUUUGUAUGAGUGGUGGCGGGUACAGUAGCGGUUUUGGUGGCGGCUUCAGCAGCGGCUUCGCUGGCUUCGCUGGCAGCUUCAGUGGUGGCUACAGUGGCGGCUCCAAGGGUAAACAGAUGAUUGUACAAGGCGGUGCAUCCGCUUGUCUGAGCUCAUGUAAAACCGGUUGCGUGGGCUCCUGCGCUUCGUCUACUGUAGUGGGCUGUCGAGCAAGUUGCGACCAGGCAUGCUACAAAUCUUGCCAGUUACCCGUACUAUACUCUGUUCCGUGCUCCUACUCCGCUGGCGGAUGUGCAUGCUCCAGCGGUUUCUCACCCUGUGGCGGAGGUGCCUGUUGCAAAUACUAA